UGUGGAAGAAUUGACAAGAAUAACUUUUGUCUAUUUGGAGUGAUGGGGUUUAGGCAAGUGUUUGCAGUUUCUGCAGUGUCUGCAGUGCUGCUGUUGAUCGUGGCGUUUGGCUGUGUUAGUGAUGCGUGGAUCUCCAGAUGGUUUUAUCCGAGAUUGGGGUUUCUGCUUGACGGUGGAGUUUCAGCCCAGUUUGACACUCAGAAUCCAGUGCAAGAAGACCCUGCGGGAGAGGACCCUGUGGGACAAGAACCUAGUGAGCCCAUUGUCGAGCCUGUGGGGCAGGAGCCCGUGGGACAGGAAACUAGCCAGGCUGAAGACCCUGAGAGGUUCCAGUCCAAGCAGUCAUUUGAGAACCCUCUGACUUUGCUCUAUCCUUCGAUUGAGAAGCGUGAGUGCAAUUCUACAGCGUUUCAGUGGCUAAAGCAGGUGGCAGCCAACGGUGUGGUGGCUUGGUGUGGGCAAAGUGUGGUCCAUGUGGAGGUGAAACAGGAACUUCUGGGGAUUGGCCGGCUCGUCCAGCCAGAGCGUAUCACUCUAAGAUGCUGUGCUGCCAUUGAGGAGGAUGCUGAAGCUCUUGUGCUCACCUUUGAAUCAGAGCUGCAUGGCUGUGGCAGUGAGCUGACGAUGACUGAGGAUGUGCUGAUCUACACCUUCACUCUUGUAUAUGAGCCAGAACCUCUUGCUAACAUUUCUAUAUUGAACACAAGUAAAGCUAUGGUUGAUAUUGAGUGCCACUACUUGAGGAAUCAUGAAGUGCGCAGCAAUUCCCUGAAGUAUGCUGUAAAACCUAGCAAGCCUGUGGGCCUAGAACCUAGCCAGGUUGUUAUAAAGCCUGUGGGCCGGGAACCUAGCGUAGAGCCUGUGGGCCGGGAACCUAGCGUAGAGCCUGUGGGCCGGGAACCUAGCGUAGAGCCUGUGGGCCGGGAACCUAGCGUAGAGCCUGUGGGCCGGGAACCUAGCGUAGAGCCUGUGGGCCGGGAACCUAGCGUAGAGCCUGUGGGCCGGGAACCUAGCGAGCGUGUUGGAGAGCAGCCUGUGGGCCAGCAACCUGUUGGAGAGCAGCCCGUGGGCCAGGAACCAAGUGAGCCUUUGGGCCAAGAACCUAGUGAGCAUGUUGGGGAGCCUGUGGGCCAGGAACCUAGCGAGCCUGUGGGCCAGCAACCUGUUGGAGAGCAGCCUGUGGGCCAGGAACUUAACCAGCAGCCGGUGGGUGAGCCUGUGGGCCAAGAACCUAGUGAGCAUGUUGGAGAGCCUGUGGGCCAAGAUCCUGUUGGAGAGCAGACCGUGGGCCAUGACCCUGUGGGUCAGGAACCUAGUGAGCCUGUGGGAGAGCAGCCUGUGGGCCAGGAACCUAGCGAGCAGCCUGUGGGUCAGGAACCUAGCCACCAGUCUGUUGGCAAGCCUUUGGGUCAGGAAACAAGCGAGCCUUUGGGCCAAGAACCUAGUGAGCAUGUUGGGGAGCCUGUGGGCCAGGAACCUAGCGAGCCUGUGGGCCAGCUACCUGUUGGAGAGCAGCCUGUGGGCCAGCAACCUGUUGGAGAGCAGCCUGUGGGCCAGGAACUUAACCAGCAGCCUGUGGGCCAAGAACCUAGUGAGCAUGUUGGAGAGCCUGUGGACCAAGAUCCUAGUGAGCCUGUGGGCCAGCAGCCUGUUGGAGAGCAGCCCGUGGGCAAUGACCCUGUGGGUCAGGAACCUAGUGAGCCUGUGGGAGAGCAGCUUGUGGGCCAGGAACCUGGAGAGCAGCCUGUGGGCCAGGAACCUAGCGAGCAGCCUGUGGGUCAGGAACCUAGCCAUCAGUCUGUUGGCAAGCCUUUGGGUCAGGAACCAAGCGAGCCUUUUGGCCAAGAACCUAGUGAGCAUGUUGGGGAGCCUGUGGGCCAGCAACCUGUUGGAGAGCAGCCUGUGGGCCAGCAACCUGUUGGAGAGCAGCCUGUGGGCCAGGAACUUAACCAGCAACCUGUUGGAGAGCAGCCUGUGGGCCAGGAACCUAGCCAGUCUGUGGGCCACCUUUGA